CUUCUAUCUCCAGUUCUCAAGGUUGACUGACAGAGCAGAUUUAAACAACUUUGAAAGGAGAGUGCCAUCACAAGAUGCAACGCUGGUAUGCAAUUACCUUUUCAAUUGCCAUCCUUCUGGGGAACUCUGUCAAGCUCCGAGCUACUUCUACGGAGUCGGAUCCUGCGGGUGGUGAAGGCCCUAGCUCUCAGGUGUGUCCAAUAUGCUGUCAGGGACCUGCUGGAACACCCGGAAUUCAAGGCCUACCAGGAAAUCAGGGUCAGCUUGGACCCGCAGGGUCAAAGGGCGAUGUAGGGGUAAAGGGUCAAAAGGGUGACAUCGGUCCAACCGGUGCUGUUGGAAUUGUUGGCCCCAAAGGGGGUGACGGAAUCGGCCUGCCUGGUAAGGUAGGUCCCAGAGGCCCACCCGGUUUAGUUGGAGCCCAAGGAGAAGCAGGGGUCAAAGGUCAAAAGGGAGAGCCGUGGGAGACUCCAGGUAACUCCGCCCAAACGGUGGCAUUCACCGUGACCCGGAGAACCGACUCCGAAAUGUCUGGGAGCUACGACAGCCGUUUGUCUUUUGAGAGGUUUGAGACGCUUCUGCCGGGUACCAGUUUCGAUCUUGCGACGGGGACAUUCACUUGUAAUGUGGCAGGUACCUACGUGUUCACGUUUUCUGUAGGCAAAUAUGGCUCCAGCUCUCUCACUGUUAGUCUCAGGAAAAACGAAGACUGGGUUGUCUCGGGCAACAGCUAUGAUUCAGAUCAAUUUGAGCAGGUGUCUUCCAGCGCGGUACUGGUUCUGCAGCAAGGAGACUUGGUGUAUUUGACCAUGAACGGUAAGGCGUGGAGUUCUUCACCCAGACACUACACGUCAUUCAGUGGAUUUCUCCUUUACGUCGAAUAAAUAGACAACAACCAGUCUUGAAAGACUGGUCAUGCGCGUUGUAAUCAUCAUAUAUUCGCAACACGCUGUGAAUGUUAUCUAAUACUCUAAAACAUUUCUAUUACAAUAAUACUAUGGUGAGAUUCACCUGAAUUAAAAGAAGUGGAUGCAUGUUUGCUAUCACUUGAUUAGAUUUUUAGAAAACCGCAGUCCUCUUGUUUUAAUAUAUCAAUUUCCUGUCAACCGCAGUUGCAUGAUUUGCAUCAAAUCUAAUUACCCUGUUUGUAGCACUAUGGUGUGAUCUGAUAUUGAUUUCAGUCGCAAAGUGUUAACAAUUCACGCGGCAUUGUGUGCCUUGGGCAUUCCAAUGAAAAUUUCACCUACACCACAUUCUGUUUUAUGGUUUUGGGGAUAAAAGCAAGCAGUGCAUUCAGCUUUUCAUUUGUGCCCUAUUCACAAGUAAAAACGUCUAUCCUCACGCAUACAUUUUUUUCCUAAAAUAGUUUGUGGUUUACCUCUAUAUGGCACGAUUGUUGACAAGCAAUUUGUGAUCUCGUCAAAAUCCUAGAUUAGAACGACAAAAUCAAGCAAAAACACAAAAACACCAGUUUUUGUUUAUGCAAGAUUUGUUUUCCUUAAAACUAAAAAGUGUCGCUUUCUUUAAAUUAAACAAGUUUCAGGAGCAUAUAAAUGUCUCAUUGAAUUCAAUUACCACUCAUCUGUGUUGAAGAAGCACUGGAAGUGAUAGUGACUGAAUGCAACAGCAGCCUUUUCCUUCACCGUAGUUAGCUGUUUUGGCAUAAAGCAAUCGUUUUUAUAUAUCAGAGAUUCUCUCCAAAACAUGGACAGAAUUACGCAUUUUUGUCUUUUGAGGUAUUUAUCCGCAGUGAUGGACUUUCGGGUGGUUUGAGUAAAUUUUGAUAUUAAGAGAACAACAACUGCGUGUUUGCUAAAUACCCAUUACAAAAAGGUAGUGAACCUGUAAGUGGAAAUGGACGGAUUUGAGGGUAAUUUGGAUGAAUGUAUUCCCUUCCAAUUUUGGACAGCCUUGAAAUGUCCAAAGACAUACGAUAUGACAUUUGUACAUUGAUAAAAACAGCACCUCCUUAAAUGUGAUGAAUUUUUGCUUGGCCUUCAAAUACGUAGUCCACAGUUUUACCUGGUAUGCCUACAUUCCGCAAAAAAAUCCUCAGUGCUUUUUUUCACUCGAUCCCCAUGGAACUCGCGUCAGACAAUUGAUUUGGAUUCCCUUCACUUUCUUGUUGUCCAGAUUCAUAUUAUCAAUAUAAUUCGUGGGAAAAAGUAUUUUACAUAUUGACACUGCAUUUUAGUAUCUCUUCCUACUUUUUAUUUCUGUUUCUAUAUCAUCACCAUGAACUUUGUUUGAAAAGGAGUAGGGAAUAAAGUUUGUGAUAUUAUCCAAGUUCAUUAAAGUAAAGUUACUAAAGAUGUUUAAGGCAUCUUUAAAAAACAAAUGUAUGUUCAAGAUGCUUAACAUUAAUCUAGAAAUAGCACUUAUAUAUUUACAAGACAUUAAUUCAUUUGCAGCUCAUGUUUUAAGGGGUUGUACAUUCGCUCGUAUUUAAUCAUGAUUGUUUAACUGAAACUGUUACAGAGUACCAAUUUUGAAAGAAAAAUAGUAAUCGUUUUUCUUAAACCUAGAUUUAUAAUUUCCCAACGUCUGAACCUCAAGCACUAAAAGAUUUAAAGCUGCCUUUUGAUUUCUGUUAGAGUUCAGUUGCAGUUUUGUAGUGUGGUUGAAAACAGCAGAGUUGUAUCCAAAUCACUUUUUCCAAGUCAAGUCCCAAGUCAAAUUUUAGCAAGUCAGGCAGAGUCUCAAGUCAUUUUUUCCAAGUCAAGUCAAGUUUCGAGUCAAUUCUUUCAAGUCAAAUCUCGAGUCCAUUUUUAUUUCAAGUCUAGUCAAGUCUGAAAUCAAAUUUCGAAAAGAGUGUACUUUAAAAGGAAAGUGACACAAAUUGCUACAAUUUCUUCUUUGGCACUUAAAUAUUAAAAAACUACAUUUUUUACCAAAUAUUAUGAACGUUUCCUUCAAAGUGAUUAUACCAACGGCAAUUGACAGAGUGUUUCUGCUUGAUGCAGUGUGAAUUCCUUUUUGCUAAUGGGGGAUUUUUGGUAGUAGUUGUAUUCCACUCGAUUUAUUCCUGAGUGUUGAAUUUAGGGUGAUUUGAAUUUGCCCGCAGCCUGCAACAGUAUGCAGCCUGUGGGCUCUAAUAACGAGUAACGCUCUCUAAUAACGAAUGGUAAUCAGACUUUGCAGUGCGCCUCACGUUCACAAGCACGAAUGUACAAACUUGCAUGUACAUAGUACUGUACAUACGCGUGUAUUAUGAACACGAGUUCCGAUACACACGUGAAGAAUACCGUGAAUACGAACGAUGUUUUCGUGAAUGGGAUGAACGCACAGGUCACAGAGGUUCGGGAUUUUUGAGCAUAU